UCUUGCUCGGUAGCUAUGCCGAAGAACAAGGGAAAGGGAGGUAAAAACCGUCGCAGGGGUAAGAAUGAGAACGAGUCCGAGAAGCGCGAAUUGAUCUUCAAGGAGGAUGAACAGGAAUAUGCACAAGUCACAAAAAUGUUGGGCAACGGCAGACUGGAGGCAAUGUGCUUCGAUGGUGUGAAACGACUCUGUCAUAUCCGUGGCAAGCUGCGAAAAAAGGUAUGGAUCAACCAGGGCGACAUCAUUUUGAUAGGUCUGCGAGACUACCAGGAUUCUAAAGCGGACGUUAUUCUUAAAUACACCCCGGACGAGGCCAGAAAUUUGAAGACGUACGGCGAGUUCCCAGAAUCGGUGCGCAUCAACGAAACGGUGACAUUCGUCGAGAACGAUAUGGAUGACGACAUCGAGUUCGGUGACGAUUACAGCUCGUCAGAGGAGGGCGAUGCAAUCGAUGCUAUCUGA